AUGCUUAAAUUGGAUGCGCCCGGGUCGAAGGACGAGGAGCAUGGCAGUCCUACCGAGGCUCAUGGAGACUCAAAAGACGACCAUGGCUCUACAAUGCACCCAGUGAGAGACUCGGGAGUAGAUGAUAUGUCCAUCUACCUUGAGUCGCAGCCUGAGAUCGUCAAGAGAGAAAGUGCAACAUUACUGGAACUGUUUUUCGACCUCUGGUUCGUGGCCACGCUCAAUAUUUUCCCAUCGACCCACGAAAUAAUUGAGUUGAAAGAUUUGGCGUCAUACAUUGAAUUUGAAUUUCUUCUUUGGACUACUUGGUUUCUAGUGGUCAUUUAUGAUGUGAGGUUUCUCGCAGAUAGUUGGACAGAACGUAUUGUCUUGGCCUUGCACCUUGCGGUCAUGAUAUCUUUUACCGAGGUGGCCCCUUUUUUCAACGCUUUGCACAAGAUGACGGGCGUUUCCAUGACGUUGGCCGCGACACUGAUGCUAUCUCGACUUGUUCUGUUCGCACAGAAUGCCAUCAUCCUCUGGCAUUUGAGACAUUACAGGAAGGCCCGGGUGCCGAUGCUCAUAACAGUGUCGAUUCCUCUCGCUGCGGCCAUCUGCUAUGCCGGCAUUCUAGGCGCUACCAGCUCUUCGAACCAACCGGCGACUCACGAUGUGCUGUUUGUCAUUUCCAUGUUGGAGAUAGUAGGGAACUUGGCCGUCUCUAUGGUUCGAAAGUACAAAGUUGUCAGCUUUGAGGGGUCCCAUUUGGCGGAGAGGCUCAAUCUUCUCACGCUCAUCAUCCUCGGUGAAGGAUGGCACGAAUGGACCAUAUCCAUGUGGACUGUAUUCGUGUCAGGAUUUGUGGCCAUCUACCUGAUCUUCCAGAUCUAUUUCGACUGGAUGCAUCCCAACCACAUGGCCUCCCGCCGACAGCUUCUUUGGGCGAUGCUUCGCGCGCCGUUCCACUUUUCUCUACUCAUCGUAAUGGUCGCAGUGAACAAGGUCAUGUCGAGGCUGAAUGAUAUCUCGCACCUCCCAGAUGAGCUAUGGGGGCAAAUAUUAAGGAACGGUGGCACGCCUGUCAGCAGGGUCGGAUUUUCCCGUGGCAAUUCAACAAUUACGGACCAUUGGCUCAUUGACAGGGAGGAUCUCUUGUGUUCUGUCAUGAACUCAGUGUUGAGCAAUUUUGGGAUGAGCGGCAUCAAACGCGAUCGCUUGUCCGCCAUGUCAGUUGCCAGCUAUAUCGGCAAGAAGUUCAACCUUGUGUUCAUCUACGCCUUCCUAUCAGCCGGCGUAAUGCUGAUCCUACUUACCAUUCUCCACGGCGUUUCGAAGAGGCAGGGCUGGGCUGUGUUCAACAUAUUGCGCUCAGUCGUAAUAGGACUCAUGGGCGUCGGGCUGUGUCUUGUCACGCUGCUCGCGACGGGCAAGACAAACAAGUUGGCUGAGACCCCCUGGCCUCUUCCCCUUAUGUACAUCAUAUUCACCGUUGUCGUGGUCGUCAUGUACGUCCCCCAUCCCAAGCCUCUUACAUUUGAGCGGCUAAAACGCAGCGCCAAUGGGCUUCAUCACAGGCACGCCUAA